CGUUUCCGGUUGUCACCGGAAGCACAACAUGUGUCUAACAAUCAAGUGUUCCGGUAGAUCUGCAGGAUUAUGGCAAUUGUGGAAUGGGAUGGAGAUGUGACAAUCUUGUUUUUGUUUAGUGGAUAAAUUACUGGUAAAAUGUCGCACGUUGUUACAUUCAGAGCACAGCUGGCCUCAGUUAUGGAUGUUUUAGCUAAAGCAGCGGUGACAGAACUGUGCAAACUUGUCGCCAUGGCCGAUGUUGGUCGCUCUGCUACGCUAAGUUUAGAAAUGACCUCCUAUUUUAAUGUAGAAGCUAAGGAAAAGUUACCGUUGAUGGUGGACAGCGAACUGACGGUGCAGCUGGCGUCCAAAAUGGAGCUCCUGACACAGGAGGCCCUGGAGAAGAUCGGCAGACUCGUGGAGGAGGGCUCUGCGGUGCUGCACCUGGAGGGGUCCCAGAGUCGGAGGGAGAAUGAGGUCCUGAAGAGGAAGCUGCAGCUGAUGGAGAGCCAGCUGAGGACAGCGAGAGCGCACGGGGAGGGGAGAGCACCGGAGAGCUCAGCGACCACUCCCAGCUGCUCUGUGGGAGUCCAGGUUGGCCACGAACACGGGGGACAGGAAAUAGAGGAGCGUCCUCCCCCGUCCAGCCUGUGGAGCGAUGGAGAGCCCUCGUCAGCGGAAGGGGAGACCACUCCAUGUCAGUCUGCCAUCGUGAGAGACCAGUCUACAGACAUGGAGGAGGACAGGCAUGGACAACUUGUGAUCAAGGACAUUGAACCUGAGAUUGGUUUGGCAAACGGUGAUUCACAGAGAGGACUACUGAUGAGUGAGGAAACAGAUUCCGUAGAUGCCAGUGCUGAUGCUGGAGAGGUGCUCCCCGGUGAGGGUCAGUACUGUGGGGACGAACAGGACACACUGCGCACACCUGCGGAAAGCCAACAGGAACAGGACCCCCAGUCCAUACCAGCAGAAUUACGCUCGGACAUCGAAGGCAGUCGUGCGCAGGAGACUUUCGCCGUGGUGAAGGACAAGACCUGUCGUCAAAAAGUAGGCAAAGGAAAGAAACUGUUCAGCUGCAAGCUGUGUGGAAAGAGGUUUGGCCGGCCGAGCAAUCUCAAAGCACACCAGGUCGUGCACACGAGAGAGAAACCGUUCAGCUGCACACAGUGUGGGAAGAAGUUCACAGCCAAGUGCAGUUUGAAUGUACACCAGCUAGUAGUGCACAAAGGAGAGAAACGGUUCCGCUGCGCACACUGUGGGAGGGUGUUCGGCACACAGAGCCAUCUUAAAGAACACCAAGUUAAGCGAAAGAAACCGUACAGUUGCACACAGUGUGGGGAGGAUUUCCCAGUCAAAUGCAGGCUUAAACAACACCGGUCAACGGUGCAUAAAGGAGAGAAGCCGCACGGUUGCGCGCAAUGUGCGAAGACUUUCGGAAGGGAGAGAGAACUGGCUGCGCACCAGAUCGUCCACACGGGAGCGAAACCUUUCUGCUGCGCAGAAUGUGGGAAGCGAUUCACGGCCAAGCGCAGCCUGAACGUUCACCGUCAGACGGUGCACAGGGGAGAGAAACCGUACCGCUGCGACACGUGCGGCAAGACCUGCAGUCAGAGGAGUGGACUCAGAGCACACCAGAGAAUUCACACGGGGGAGAAACCGUACAGUUGCGCCAAGUGUGGAAAGAGCUUCUGCAGCUCCAGCGCCCUGAAGAUACACCAGAGAGUCCACACCGGAGAGAAGGCUUUUUCAUGUGAUGUGUGUGGGAAGUGUUUUAGUCUCGCGCCUAACCUGAAUAGGCACAAGCAGACUCACACAGGGGAGAAAGCAUUCAAGUGUGACAGGUGCGAUAAGAGUUUCACUCAAGCCAGUCACCUGAAAGUACAUCAGCGAGUUCACACGGGAGAAAGACCGUUUACCUGUGAAAUAUGUGGGAACAGUUUCAAUCAGAAAAGCGCUCUUAAAGUGCACCAGGCAGUUCACUCAUUGGAGAAACCGUACGGUUGUACAGAGUGUGGUAAGAGUUUUUCUUCUGCGACAUAUCUUUGUAAACACCAACAAAUACAUACUGAAGAGAAACCACACAGUUGCAGUGUGUGUGGAAAGCGUUUCCGUACUGCAAAUAGUCUUACAAUACAUGAGCAAGUUCACACAAGUGGGAAGCCUUUUGGCUGCGAUGUGUGUGGACAACGCUACAGUUCUGCAAGUUAUCUUCAUACGCACCAUCUAAUUCACACUGGAGUGAAACCGUACAGCUGUAGCGAAUGCGGGAAGGGUUUCAUAAAGCAAAGUAGUCUUAAUGCGCACCAGCGGACUCACACAGGAGAAAAACCAUACAGUUGUCUUGAGUGUGGCAAGAGUUUUAGUGUUCCUCAGAAUCUGACUCGACACCAGCGCAUUCACACAGGAGAUAAACCGUUUGUGUGCGGUGUAUGUGGAACUGGUUUCUGCCAGGCAAAUAAUCUCAAAGCACAUCAGCAAACGCAUACCGGAGAGAAACCGUUCAUCUGCGAUAAGUGUGGGAAGUGUUUUUCUGCUCUGAGAAACCUUAAAGAGCACAAGUGUGCGUACACUUGAAACGGUUUACUUACAAACCACAGUGGAGGAGUUCCGGCAGUCCACUCAGCCUUAAAGGGAUGGUUCACUUUAUGGAGUUAUAAAUGCAUAAAUGCACAAGGUAUACAUAUAUAGCCUACGUAUAAAUGCAUAAAUAAUUUUUAAAAAUUAUUAUUUAAGAUCUGUGUAUGUUUUCAGUUGGCCCAGACUGGGUUUUUUGUGUGAUGUACUUAUUUUGGAUACUUAGGGAAGAUUCUGAUGACCUGACAGAUGCACAGCUGCUUUUAUAGUUGCCAUUCUCAGGUUUGUGGUUUAAAUAAAUUGAUUAAAUAAAUAAUAUCUCCAGAGCAUGUACAUACAAACACAUUCAUUUUAUUUUAUUCAUUUAAUAGCAUUUAUUCAGUUUUAAAGAUAAAUAUCCAUUUUAAUGUUGUACUGGCACGUCUUUUCUUGAGCACAGCAGGCUCAGGUUGCAUGAAUCUUACAAAACGGUCCCAACUAAAAAUAAGAUAAAAUGCAAUGUUUUCAAAAGUAAUUAGGUAAUAUACACAUAUACUCUCCUCUAUACUUGCUUUGGAAUUACUAGACCACAAACCUGUUCAACAACUUAAGUGUAUUAUGCCUCCAAACGACACAUAGAGGAUCCCUAAACAAUAGUAAUAUGGUGUGGAUAUUCUAUUCAUGACAUUUACGUCAGUUCAAAUAUUUCCAUCGUUUUUAUGAAAUAGCUGAUGCGUUAUGGUACCAUUGUUUCUUUAGCCUUGCUGGAGGACAUUUAUAAAUAAUCAAGGACACAUUGGAAGUUGAUUUCAGAAUAAAAUAAAUUAAGAGCUUAAGA